AUGUCUCCCACCAUGGUGGAGCACAGCGGCCUGGACAUUAUGUGCCUGAACAAAUACUGUCACAGUUCCUCCUCGUCGUCCAGCUCCGAGCAGGACAAGAAGAUUUUCUCCAAACUAAAACGCAGUUUGUCAGGGGACUAUCCGAGGAAGAACGCAGAGAUCCUCAGCGGCCAGUACGGGACCAAUGUGUUGCUGAUCGGGGCGGCGUUGAUGCUGGCUAUUGCGCACCAUGGCCCCUCUGUCAAGGAAGAGCACCUGCUGUCCUUUGUCACCUGCCUCAUGAUCCUACAGCUGAUCUGGAUGAUGUGGUACAUCCUGGUGCGGGACAGACAGAAGAACACGCGGACAGAGAAAGAUGUCCACGCCACCACAUGCUGGAUAAGAGGUGGUUUGACUCUCCUCGCACUCCUUUCACUGAUUAUGGACGCUUUCCGAAUCGGGUAUUAUGUUGGCUAUCAGUCUUGUGUGUCGGCCGUGCUCGGGGUAUAUCCUGUCAUCCAUGCAACUCACACCAUAGCGCAGGUGCAUUUUCUCUGGUUUCACAUCAAAGAUGUCAUCAAGAGCUUUGAAACAUUUGAGAGAUUUGGUGUAAUCCAUGCAGUCUUUACCAACCUCCUCCUGUGGUGCAACGGUGUGAUGUCAGAGGCCGAACACUUCUUGAACAACCAUAAGAGAAGACUCUCCGCCCUGGGUUAUGGAAACCUCACUAUAGUGCACUCAGAGCCUCACUGUAACUGCACCACCAGCACUUGCUCCAUGUUCUCCAGCAGCCUCUACUAUCUCUAUCCCUUCAACAUCGAGUACCACAUCUUCGUCUCCGCUAUGCUCUUCGUCAUGUGGCAGAACAUUGGACGGACCAUUGACCUUUCUUCAAACCAGAAAAGGCUGGCUACCAAAACCCAGGGCCUGACCUUAGGCCCCAUCCUAGGUUUACUUGCACUGGCCAGCACUAUUGGGAUUCUGGUGGUUUACAUCACCCAUGUAGAGGAAUCCCUCAAAAUGCGUCAGUCAGCCAUUUCCAUGUUCUACAUAUACGGCAUUGUCAUGCUGGUGUUUAUGUGCUCUGCCAGUACUUCAGGUCUGCUCAUAUACCGAGCGGAUCACAUACCGCUGGACACCUCCAAAAACCCGUCCAGACAGCUAGACACAGAGCUGCUGUUUGGGUCCUCUAUCGGCUCCUGGCUCAUGUCCUGGUGCAGCAUAGUGGCUGCGUUAGGCACCAACAGCAGUCCUCCUUACCGCUGGACCAACCUUGUCUACUCUCUGCUUAUUGUGCUGGAGAAGUACAUCCAGAACCUUUUUAUCAUAGAGUCCCUAUAUCGCCAGCAAGAGGAUGGAGAGAGGGAGGACCCUGAGUUACCAGCUGCUCCAGAAAUCUUCUCAGUGACAUCCUCUUUGGCCCCACCGUACAACGGCAUCAUCAACCGAGCCUAUGAGACUCCAGACAGGGCCUGUGUCACCAUGGAGAACGAUCAGGAGGAGAGCGGUCAGGUGUAUAGAUGUCCGAGGAAACCUUCUGAGGUGCCUCUGCCUGUAGGGAACAAAGUAGUGGAGCCCCCAAAUAUAAAGAGGCAAAUCCUGAAGAACAUCGCUGUCUUCCUGCUAAUGUGCAACAUUUCGCUGUGGAUCCUUCCAGCCUUUGGCUGCCGGCCACAGUACGACAACGGGUUGGAACAGGAGACAUUUGGCUUCAGCAUAUGGACCACAGUUCUCAAUUUCGCCAUUCCUUUGAACCUUUUCUACCGCAUGCACUCAGUUGCCUCCCUCUUCGAGGUGUUCCGCCGGGUCUGA